UAAUGUUUUAUCAUUCCUAACAAUAUUCCUAUGGAAAGAACACUUUUCUGGUUUUACAGAUGAAGAAAAAAAGGAGACUCAGGGAGGUAAUGGUUUGCUCACUUUUGUGAUUCUGUGAUGUGUCAGUGCUGGGAUUGAAUCCAAGUUGGGUGACAGCCAGGGUGACAGAGUGGAAGGCAAGUCUUGCUUUUCCGUAACACAGUGAACUUGGAAAGUCUGCAACCACAUGACUAUGAAUGAGGCUUCCUGGAAUUGUAGAGGCUGAGCAAGACCACAGAGGAGCAGGAAGAGUUUCCAGGGGCAGAGCUGGGCUGCAUGACUGUUAAGCAUUUCACUGUUGAUAGCUGAACCCCAACUCUGUCCCUUACUAACAAUCUCCUUAAACGGAAUCUCAGUUUCUAUGUCUGUAAAGUGACAAUAAUAUCUUCCCCUGUUUUUUGUGAGGAUUAAAUGAAGUAGCACAUGGAAAGUACUUGGUAUAAGGUAAACUUUGGGACAACUACUAUAAUGUGUCAAGUGAAUACACUGAAAUUUAUUCCAUCCAAGCACUGUCUUCCUGAUCUUUUUGCACAACUUUCAGUGGAAGGUAAAGUUCCGGAUUUUCCUCAGAAAUGGCUCUCACCUGCCUCCUACAGGAAAAUGGUGUCAGUGCAGUCAGAUGAGCCUGGACUGAGUACCCAGCAACCCAGCUUGUCACACUACUGUGUCCAUAUCUGUGGGUGGAUGAGCCUAGCCAUGGCCAAUGGCUGUUCCUGAUGUUUACCACCAAAACAGAGGAAAUGUGGUAAACCCCUUUCCACCCUCUGUACCUGGAAACACCCAGGAAAGAGGGUUGGUGAGAGAGGAACUAAGUGGGCAGGUGGUGGAAACUUCCUUUCACCACAGAUUAUUUAAGGCAAUGUUUCUCAGCUGGGCACAGUGGCCCAUGCUUAUAAUCCCAGCACUUUGGGAGGCUGAGGUGGGUGGAGUACAUGAGGUCAGGAGUUCAAGACUAGCCUGGCCAACAUGGUGAAAUCCUGUCUCUAUUAAAGAUACAAAAAUUAGCUGGGUGUUGGGGUACACACCUGUAAUCCCAGCUAUUCAGGAAGCUGAGGCACGAGAAUUGCUUGAACCCAGGAGGGAUAGAUUGCAGUGAGUGAGAUCAUACCACUGCACUUCUGCCUGGGCAACAGAGAAAGACCCUGUCUCAAAGCAAAACAAAACAAACAAGUACACCUCCUCCCACCCAACACAGAGCAAUGUUUCUCUAAACUACUGCUCCCAAGGGACAUUUUGACAUUUUUGAUUGUGCAGUGGGGGAGGGGGUGGGUUGGUACUAACAUCUAGUGGGUACAAGGCCUGAGAUGCUGCCUGCACAAUGCACAAGGCAGUCUCUCAACGACAAAGAACUAUCCAACCCAAAAUGUCAAUAUUGCCAAGGUUGAGAAACCUUGAUUUAGAGUAAUGUUUAAAGUGAUGCUGUUGUUUUUCCAAUAUAUCUUCUCUCUCCCGUAAUCUCAGAUACGGCUGUUUCUGGCAUCAUAAUUUUGUGACCUUACCGACAACUUCCAAAGACCAAGGUCCUUUCAGAUGUGUGUGUCUUGCAAGUUCCUUUCUGAUUACAUGCGAAACUGUGCCCGACGGGGUUAAAGAAACUAGUAACUAAUAGAAAUCUUGAUCUUGACAUGCAGGACGGCUGAUAACCCGUUUGCUAUAAUGCCCUCUGCUUAUACAACUUGCUGAAACAGGUCGGAACUAAUAUGGCUGACUGCAGCCUUGGCAAAAUAGACUCAUUAGCCCGAUGAGUGGGUCUUGGAUGUCACAGCCCGAAUUUCCACAUUUUGUUUUAUACCAACUCCCCUGGAUUUGCAUGUGACCCGGGAAGCAGUAUGAAGAAGCAACAGCAGAUGGCCAAGGGAUUUUCUAACCAAUCACUGCCCAGCCCGAAACUCCACCUCCAAAAUCUCUCCCUUAAAUCUACUGCUGCCGAAGCAAGGAUUUGAACCCAUUUUCUGUCUCCUUGCAAGGCUGCUUGAAAAGAAAUCUUUCUUGCUACAAAAAUCCAGUGCUUGGAUGUUUGGUUUUAAGUUGUGUGUAGGCAAAUGCACCUGGUUUAGUUUAGUAACACGUGAUAUCACUUAGUACCCAAGAAACGGGCAAGGUACGGCAUCUUCAGGGAACUGUGCCUCACUCAUUCCUAUCCGUGGACUUGCCUUCUUUCAACAACUCAAGCAAAAAGUUCUCAACGUCACUGUGCACCAAGCCUUGUGCUCCUUGCAGUGUGGAACAUUUCUGCCCGCUUUAGAGGUAAACAAGUUCUGCUGCUCUGUGAAGUCCUAAAUCGGUGCUUUCCCAUGCAUCCCAGCAGCCUUGUGCCUUGGGGUCUCGUGUCACCCGGGUUCUGCUCCUCCACGCAGCAGGAGCAGUCAAUGAUCUGAAACCUGAAGGGGCCCCUGAAAGAGAAGGGUCCUGCCUCCAGGAAGAUAUGCAGAGAACUGGCCCCUCGGCGUUGCUCUGGGUCUCACUGCCCAAGAAGUAGCUAUGGACCUAUAGACCGCACUUGUAACCUGGAGUACAGAGUGAGAGCGACCUGGACGACUCAGCACAGCCCUGAGGGGCUGGGGACCACGACGGAGGGUUCAGGCCGCUCCGGGAGGCCCAGCACCACGCAACACAAGACGGCACAGUACCCCACCUUGCGGCCGACCCCACCUGGAGAGCAGGGAGGGGCCAGGCUCACGCGAGGCGGGGCGUUCCGCCCCUCGCUGCACUGUGUUCCCGGCCGUUCCUUUCUGCAUCCGGGGUAUGAGAACCCACAAGCAGACUGACCGGAUCCGGAAGUGGAUUGCGUACCAGGAGGAGGAAGCCGGAGGUGGCCCCGUCAGCAGCCCGGCUGGGAGGCGGGUAGGCGGCGGCGGUCCGGAGGGGCGGCGGCCGCGCUGCUCCCUGAGAGCGGGUCCCGCGGCUGGGCGGGCGGGCGGCCUGAAGGCGCGGAGCCAUGAAGCUAUAUAGCCUCAGCGUCCUCUACAAAGGCGACGCCAAGGUGGUGCUGCUCAAAGCCGCGCACGAUGUGUCUUCCUUCAGCUUUUUCCAGAGAUCCAGCGUUCAGGAAUUUAUGACCUUCACGAGUCAACUGAUUGUGGAGCGCUCAUCAAAAGGCACUAGAGCUUCUGUCAAAGAACAAGACUAUCUGUGCCAUGUGUAUGUCCGGAAUGACAGUCUUGCAGGUGUGGUCAUUGCUGAUAAUGAAUACCCAUCUCGGGUGGCAUUUACCUUGCUGGAGAAGGUACUAGAUGAAUUCUCCAAGCAAGUCGACAGGAUAGACUGGCCAGUAGGAUCCCCUGCUACAAUCAAUUAUACAGCCCUGGAGGGUCACCUCAGUAGAUACCAGAACCCACGAGAAGCUGAUCCCAUGACUAAAGUGCAGGCUGAACUAGAUGAGACCAAAAUCAUUCUGCACAACACCAUGGAGUCUUUGUUAGAGCGAGGUGAGAAGCUAGACGACUUGGUGUCCAAAUCCGAGGUGCUUGGAACGCAGUCUAAAGCCUUCUAUAAAACUGCCCGGAAACAAAACUCGUGCUGUGCAAUCAUGUGAUGCAGCCUGCCAGAGGCCCAGCGCUGGAACGGCACUUUCAUUCACAUCAGAACUGCAGCCCUUGGAAAAGAAGAGACAGCCAUAGGCGAGGACCCAGAGUGGGGCAGACUGGCCAUUUUUAUUUUGACGUUCCUGGGAGAAACAGGGAUGGUGGAAGAGUGGCAAAUGUUCAUAUUCAUAUGUGUGGUAGUGAUUCUUGGAAAGAAUUUGAGGUCCCCAAAGGUGUAUUUUUGGGCAAAUGAAACCAUAAACUCCGACUGGCUUCUGUAGAAGCCAAAGGGCUUAUCUUCAGCUAACCCUGGGAAGGCUCUGUGGGAGGGAGGUCGGAGCCAGCUGUUUCUCCAUCUUUGAUAUAUCUUUGGAUUUUGUCUGUACAUUAAUGAUAUUAACACUCCAUUGGGGGGUGGGGAGUCCCUGAUGCCAGGGCUGGGGUGGGUAGAGAUUGAAAACUCUUGGGAAAGCCUCUCCUGGGGCCACUGUUGGGGGUGGGAGUGAGCCCACCACAGUGGCCACAGGCAGGCCUGUACUUCAGGCCCAAGGCCUGGGAGUUGGGGGGCAGUCACUGGGUCUCAGAUCCUGAGACUGUUCUUUAGCUUACCUUUCUGCUAGGAUUGGCUUCCCACUAAUGGCAGGGCCCAUCCUAAGCAGCUUCCAAGUCCUGCAAAGGUGGCUUAUUGGGAGGGUUUGGAAGGAGCUACAGUGUGGGUGGGAGUGUGUGGGUUGAGGUCGGACCAGCAGGUAGACUGGGAACUGAGCCCAGGAAAGAGGAAUGUUCUCCUGGUGUUCAGAUGGUCAGCUGGGAGUGUCCGUCUUCAGGGAAGCUCAAACACAGGUGCACUCAGCUGCCCAGGGCCUCUGGGACACUUGCCUUGACUUACAUCUUGCCUUUGAACAUCACAAUCAAAGCAGCGGGUGCUGUGGUCUCUCAAACUGAUUUUUAUUUGCCUCUCUGGCUACAAGACUGCCUUGAACCGCCUGAGGCCUAUGCAUCUGAACAAGUCUCUGUCUCUCCCAUGGACAGAGGUGCCAGCUGGCCUGAGGACUCCCAGCACCCCACCUGUGGUCUGGCCAGCAUAAGCCUGCUAGUUCCUUCUUAGUCAGAGGCAGCUGCAUGGGGAAUGGAGGCCAAGGGGUUGGUCUAAGUUGUGCCUUGCCACCUGGCAGGAGGCCCACUCACCGCAAGUCCUGGAGACAGGCUGGAGCAACCCAGAAGAUGGGCUCAGGAUGUUCCAGAUCCCUUGGGUCCUAGUGCCAUAUUCCAGGCCGCCCACCUGUGCUCAGGAUGCAUCCCUGGGAUCCAGCUCCCAUGGAAGCUCCUGCUGGGAUGGUGUUACCUAUGAGUUUUGAGCCAGUGUGAUAUGGUCCUGGGGAGCCCUGCUCUGAGCUUGCCACACUGCUGAGGGCACCUACUAUCCUGACCAGAGUCUCAGUGGUCCUGACUCCCAGUGUGGGCAGGGUCUGGGCAGGAGGGUUUGGUCUGCUGUGGGUUCAGAGGACCCCAUCUCCUGGCUGGUUUACCUGCUGCUGUCCAUUUUCUCUGGGCACUGCUGGCCAGAGGACUUUAGCCUACCCCUGAAGACCCUGUCCAUGUCAUUUUCCUAUUGCCAUAGACACCCCAAGCCCAGGGCCCCUUGAGACCCAGACCCAGCCUGCCCACUGGUGCCAGAGACGGAGUGGAGUGGGCCUGGAUCCGAGGGAUGCUACCUCUCCCGCUUGAGGACCCUAGGGAGAGACGGGGGUGGGGAAAAUGGAGGUGUGCAUUUGUGGUAAGAGGAAGUGAGACCUCGGCCUGGGUUAGCCCCUGCUAAGCAGGGUGAUUGGGCUUGACUCAGGCCUUGUGAGAUAGAGGGCCCAACCUGGCCCCACCCACAGAUCCCCUGCUCCCUGUUCUGUUCUGUUGUAAAUCAUUUGGCAAGAGUGUAUUUUAAUAGCUGCUGCCCAAGUUCCCUGUGUUCUGGGAGGCGCCUGCCUGAAUAAAGUUGUCUUGAAAUUCCA